CGUGUGCUGAGCAGACGUGUUACUCGUUAAUUUCCCAAUAAUUGAACUUGAUUUAUACUAAACUCGCGUUUAAAUCAACGUGUACAAGUGCGAAAAUACAAAUAGCAAUAUUUAUUGCACCUGCGACGUUCUACGGCAAGUUUCGUGGCACGGCAAGUUGAAGCGAGCGCGGGGACUGCAUCUUCACCUCCGCGAAAGGGUCAAAUAUAUUAUUCUUCUCACUCCGUUGUGUGCAUACGCUACGACCGCAGCUACGACUAGUGCCGAGUGAUACCGAAUGAUUCCGGCUGACGCAUGAGCUUGAAGCUACGACCCAAUACCUACUACGAGUCUACGACAGGGGCGCCUUUGUACUGCUACGAGAACGCUUAGCUACUUGUUACCGUUAUUUUGUUUUGCUUUGACUAAUAGCAGACUUAAAGUAUGCCUAAUUUAAUGCGCUCUCCGCCACUAAAUAAGUCAGUAAGUUUUUCGGAAACGGACAUGGAUAAGGUGGGCCAGUUUUCUGGAUCUUUGGAGGAUGUUAUUAACAUUACGCAACGAGAUAACAAACGGCGCCGGAUUACGGACGAGUGCAUGGAUAGCACCUCAACAGAUUUACGGACUAUAGUUAGAGAAGAGUUAUGUAAUAUAAUGAAACCCCUUCAACAAGAAAUAAAAGAAAUUAAAGAUUUUAAUAAACAAAUUCAAAAUUCUAUGGAUUUUCUGGUGGAGCAAAAUAAGGAAUAUCAGACGAAGAUAAAUGAGCUUGAAGUGCAAUCUAAGAAAAAUAGAGAUUAUAUUAACAUCCUGGAAAGCAAACUCGAAGAUAUUCUUAUAGCGAGUCGUAAAACAAACUUUGAAAUAAAAAAUGUUCCAAAGAUGAACCCUGAGACUAAACAGGACCUCAUAGAAAAUGUCACAAACUUGUUCAAGACUGUGGACUGCUCAUUACGAAAUUGUGACAUUAAGGACAUUUAUCGAGUGAGAGGAAAUCAUCCUGAAAAGAAGAAUACUCCAAUUAUUGUGGAGACUAACUCUGCUAUUUUAAAAGCGGAAUUCCUAAAGAAGGUAAAAUUUUUUAACAUGAAACAUCAAAAUAAAUUAUGUGCCAAACACAUGGGCUACAAAACGCAGGAGGAUACUCCAAUAUUCGUAUCAGAACACCUCACAGCAAAAGGAACACGUCUCCAUUUCCUAGCCCGUGACCUCGCUAAGUCGAAGAGUUACAAAUUUUGUUGGACGGCUUAUGGAAAAGUAUUCGUUAGAAAAGAUGAAAAUUCUCCAAUAAUAAAUAUUAGGACUGAAGAGCAAGUCCAAGGCUUAUUCCAAGAUAAAUGACUAUUUUUGCAGCUUAACGUGUGUAUGAAUAACGAUGAACUAUAUGUACGUCUAUGGUUAAACUUAAUGAAGUUUGGGGAAAUGCUGCAAAGACUCAUUUUAUAGGAUUAGAAAGAGCACAGAGAUUCCUGAUCAAAAUUAUGUAUUUUAAGAAAAAGCGAUAUUCAACUGAACUCUU